AUGGACACCCGCAACGCCAGAGGAGUUAAGAACGUGUUGCCUUCCUUUAAGGGUUUGGGGGAGGGGAAGACCUGGACCUCCGGUAACCUCACUCACACGGCGAAACACAGCGCUGUGGUUGUUUCACGGCGAUUUUCUGUGAGGCUUCAUUGGUAUUCACCAUACCCGAGGGAAAUGUGGGAGAGCCAUGCUGCGGCACGAAUGGCUCGGCUCGCCCGGAGUGAUACCACGGCCUCACAGAAAACUGGCGUGAAACAACCACAGCGCUGUAUUUCGUCGUGCGAGCGUCCGUUCUCGUGCGAGGAGUGCGGCGCGAGGUUCACUCAGCGCUCGAACCUGCACUCCCACCGCCGCGCCACGCACUACAACGACACCAGGCACCACUGUACCCUCUGUCCCAAGAAGUUCAAGCGGAGGAGGUUACUAGAGUACCACAUAAAGGCGACGCACACGGGCGAGCGUCCCCUGAAGUGCAACGUGUGCCAACUGUCCUUCGUGUACCCCGAGCAUUACAAGAAACAUGUCCGCAUACACUCCGGGGAGAGGCCCUACGUCUGCGAGACACUUCUGACAAACGGUGAAGGAAAACAUCGUGAGGAAACCUGGACUUAG